GUACGUCUCAACGUCACGGCCGUGCACGCGCUGUGGUCCCAUGUGCGCAUGCGCGGGGAGCGGGGUGGGUUGAAGUUUUCCCGCCAAAAAGGUAAAGGUACCGUACGUCUCAACGUCACGGCCGUUCACGCGCUGUGGUCCCGUGUGCGCAUGCGCGGGGGGGGGGGUGAAGUUUUCCCGCCAAAACGGUAACGGUUGCGGCUGCUACCCCGCUAUUGGUUUUAAAUCGGCGGUCAAAAGUUGAGACUUUCACGAGGACUGGUUCUGGUUCGGUGCUGGCUCGGUUCGGCAAGGAGCCAGUGGAAAAACAGCGGUGGUGACCCGUGCCGGCCGUUGACUGCAGGAUGAGUGGAGGCCGCUCGUGGCUACGCUGCUGCCUGCCUCGCAGCCACACACAGCCUGAGGAGGAGGACGACGACAACGAGAUGCAGCAUCACUCGGAGGUGGAGGCUCUGCUGGCCGAGUUCGAGGCGCUGCAGCUCAAGACCGUGCGGCUGCACAGAAAACUCCGGAGAGGGCCCCACGGCUCGGUGGCCAGGCCCAGGCAAAACCAGGCCCCAGCUCCGGGCGUGGAUUCCGGCCCUCACCGCAACCCUCACCCCAACCCUCACCCCAACCCUCGCCCCAACCCUCACCCCAACCCUCACCCCAACCCUCACCCCAACCCUCACCCCAACCCUCGCCCCAACCCUCACCCCAACCCUCGCCCCAACCCUCGCCCCAACCCUCACCCACGGCGGGAAUUGCCCGGCCGAAAAAACGUGGAGGCUCGCGAAACGGCGGCGGGAGACGUUCCCCCCAAACGGGCGUCGUCGGCCGAACCUUCGGGACGACGAGCGCCCCCGGGCCCCGAGAUGGUCCGCGGGGACUCGGAGAAGAUGGGCGGGGAGACGAGGAGGAGGUGGGGGGAGGAGUGGAGGACGAGGAGGACGAGGAAGAGGGCGAAGAGGGCGAAGAGGAGGCAGUCCCUUUCGGAGGCAGCAACGAGACGGGGGUACCCGGAGCGAGAGGACGGGUCGGCCCGCUCCGACGGCGAUUUUGCGAACGGAGCCGGAGGCGCGGAGCGCGAUGCGGGGACAUCGAGCGGCGGGAGCUCGUUCCGGGCUCCGGCGCCGACUUCCCGGUCCGGGUCUUCCGCAGAUUCCGGGCGCUGGGACGGAGGAGUGGGGGGAGAAGACCGCGGUGGGGGGGCGCCCCCCGCGAGGUGGACCAAGGUCGGGGGUUCGUGGAGGCGGAGCGGCCAGGAGCAGCCCCUCGCUCGCCCGGCCGCCUACGACGAUUCGUAGGGAGGGGGGGGCGAGACGGAGA